GACGGGGGGCAGGGGUAUUACACUAGCACCUGCCCGUGCAUGGGGGGCAUAUGACGAGAGGAUGAUGCCCGACACAAGUUGCCCGGCUCCGGGAAGACGGGAAGUUUUCUAGAUGCCAGCAUCCUCCACCGGGUGCGGGACGCGGUAGUUGUCGCCCCCUCCAUGGAGCAGGUAUAGUGCCUGGUCCUGCCCUCUGGGGGUAGCAUUGGGAUAGCCCAGCCUGCUGAGCACGUAGGAGGACAACAAAAACAUCGGAGACUUGUGCCCCCUCCCCCCACACACCCAGCCAGCACGUCCAUUACAUCCCCCCUGCUCCGGGACCCUGUCAUUGUGCCAGCACCAUGGACAGCGACCGGGACAUGUACCGCCACUUCCAGGACUGGUGCCUCAGGACUUAUGGGGACUCGGGGAAGACCAAGACCGUGACCCGUAAGAAAUACGAGCGGAUCGUGCAGCUGCUCAACGGCUCCGAGUCCAGCUCCACGGAUAACGCCAAAUUUAAAUUUUGGGUGAAAUCGAAGGGCUUUCAGCUGGGCGCCGCGGAGGAGGGCAGCCUGGGGGCCAAGCAGGUGCUGUACGUGCCCGUCAAGACCACGGAUGGCGUGGGCAUUGAGGAAAAGUUGUCCUUGAGGAGAGUGGCGGUAGUGGAAGAUUUCUUUGACAUUAUUUAUUCAAUGCAUGUGGAAACAGGACCUAAUGGAGAACAGAUUAGGAAGCACGCUGGCCAGAAGAGGACCUAUAAGGCUAUUUCAGAGACAUAUGCCUUCCUUCCCAGAGAAGCAGUGACAAGAUUUCUGAUGAGCUGCUCGGAGUGUCAGAAAAGAAUGCACUUAAAUCCAGAUGGAGGAGAACAUAAAGAUAAUGGCAAACCACCCACCCUGGUAACCAGCAUGAUUGACUAUAAUAUGCCAAUCACAAUGGCUUAUAUGAAGCACAUGAAACUACAGCUCUUAAACUCACAACAAGAUGAGGAUGAAAGUUCUAUUGAAAGUGACGAAUUUGAUAUGAGCGACUCCACCAGGAUGUCAGCUGUGAACUCUGACCUCAGUUCUAACCUUGAAGAAAGGAUGCAGAGUCCCCAGAAUCUUCAUAGUCAACAAGAUGAUGAUUCCGCUCCAGAGAGUUUUAGUGGUAAUGAAACGUUGGGACACGGCUCAAAUGCAACAGGAGGAGCAAACAGCAUUGAGGCAACAGAAGCCAACAGCAAUGGAAAACCUAGUCUGGAGCAAGAUGAACAACCAUUGAAUCUGAGUGACUGUCCUCCAUCAACUCCACUAAAUUCAGAAUUCCAAAUAGAUGAUCACAGUAGUAAUGGAAAAACCAAGUACAAGAACCUGCUGAUUGGUGAUAUUAAGAUGGAACGAGAAGCAAGAGAGAAUGGAAGCAAGUCUCCAGCACAUAGCUACUCCAGCUAUGAUUCUGGAAAAAAUGAAAGUGUAGGCGGUUGUGGUGAAGACUUAUCUUUAAAUCGGGGCGAUGAAGAUGAAGAUGACCACGAUGACCAUGAAGAUGUUGAGAAGGCAACAGAAGCAGACGGAGUGGAGGCAGAGCGCCUGAAAGCUUUUAAUAUGUUUGUCAGGCUGUUUGUAGAUGAAAACUUGGACCGAAUGGUCCCUAUCUCUAAGCAGCCCAAAGAAAAGAUCCAGGCAAUCAUUGACUCAUGCAGGCGACAAUUCCCUGAGUAUCAAGAGCGUGCCAGAAAACGCAUACGCACUUACCUCAAGUCCUGCAGGCGGAUGAAAAGAAGUGGUUUUGAGAUGUCUCGACCUAUCCCCUCACACCUCACCUCUGCUGUAGCAGAAACUAUCUUAGCCUCAGCCUGUGAGAGUGAAAGUAGGAAUGCCGCCAAGAGGAUGAAGCUAGACAGACAGCAGGAUGAACCAGCACUACCCGAUAAACCAUUAAAACAAGAAACCGCACAGGUCACUUACUCCACAUCUGCUGUAUCCAGCACGCAAGAGGUGUUAUACAUCAAUGGGAAUGGGACUUACAGUUACCAUAGUUACCGGGGGCUCGGAGGAGGCCUACUAAAUCUCUCGGAUACUUCUAACAGUGGGCCAACAGAUUUGAGCAUGAAGAGGCAGUUAGCGACUACCUCCACAUCAUCCAGCAACACAAGCUCCAGACCUCAGCUAAACCCUACUGAAAUUACCGCAGUCAGGCAGCUGGUGGCCGGCUACCGGGAAUCAGCAGCUUUCUUGCUACGUUCUGCAGAUGAACUAGAAAACCUGAUCUUACAGCAGAACUGAGUAACACAACCUCUUCCCUGGCCUGGUUUAUCGCCGGAGAUCCACUAACGACAUGCUGACAAUGUAUAUGCCAGAGUGGACCCGUCUGGUUACCGCACUGACGAGUAGAGGAGAUAAUUACCAUAAUGCCACACUGUUUUUCAAUCUAUGAAGUGAUGUUCAGGUGCUGCCGGUGAACUCGAGACCUCUGACAUUCUGCAGGUCUUUGAUGUGUCCAGCUUUUUGUUCUGUGUGUCAGUUUAAAUAUUGCAUAUGUGGCUGUAGAUCAUUAAGUCAUGCAAAGCAGUGGAGCAAAAGGAAGACACUAAAUUGUUAAAUUAUUUCCAAGUGCAAUAUUAGUGGAAUGUUCUACUGACUCCGGAAUCACAGCUACACGACAUAGCAGGACAAAAUGCCAACAUACACUCAUGGUAGAACAUUUAAUGAAGGAUUGCAUAUUUUUUAAAUAAUGUGAUUUUUAUAUGGUCAUUUUUUCAUGCAGACAUUUUAAUUUCUUUGAUCGUAAUCUUUUCACAUUCCCUACAAGUGAAUUUCCCCUUUCCUGCAGUUUUGAAAUUUCUUAUAAAAUAACGCACAGCGCCCGACACUUUACACUUUUCAAACUUCCACUAUGGGGUGACAGGAUUGAGGAAUGUAUACCUCAAUGUAGGUCCAAAUAAAGCCAUUUUCAAGUGAUAUUUUUUAUAUGUUAUUUCAUUUCAAUGUUUCUGUUAGAGUAGAGCAAAAGUCCAGAAGCUUCUGUGGUGGUACCUGCUGAAGCAGUGGCAAGUAUAAAUGGAAAUGCUGAUACUGUAAGUGAUAAGAUGUCAAUUCAUUCGAAGGCUACUUACCACGUAAAGUCUUGAAGACACUGAGUUUUCCAUUACAUAAAGGUACCUCAUGAAAUGUUACAUGUUUAGUAGAGUAGACUAUUCUAGAAAUGAUAGAACAAUUUGAAGAUUCCAUGGAGACCUCUCCUCAGCAUACUUUAGACUGCAGAUUCUCAAGGGUCUGGAUGGACCGCUACAUAUGAGAUGUCAUUGCCUCAUCAUAUAUUUGUGCAAAAGGGUUUGUGUUCUGUAGACACAAAAUCGAAAGAGACAGCGCCAUCCUAUAUUGACUAGUGUGAAGAAAUUCAUAC